AUGGACCUUCCCUUGGCCCAGAGAGGCCCGCCAGGUAGUUACAGAGGUCCUGUCCCGACCUUCAGCACCUUCCUGCCCUUGGUGGACUCGACCCAAAGGCGCUGCCAGGGCGAGAGCUCACUUGGGCCCAGAGCUCAGGCCAAGAAGGCAGAAGAGAGCCCGUUCAGCCCCCGGGCACCUGCUGUCCCUGACGUGACAUCUCCACAGGCCCUGGUCGCUGCCUCCAACAUAGGGGAUGCCGGGCAGGCUGAGGAGGUACCUGGGGAAGGAGGCCUGUCCCUAAAGACUGAGACCCGAGCUUGGUUCUGGAAGACCCAGGCCCACUGGCUCCUGAAGCAUGGAGAAGCCCCCCCCUGGUUCCAUGGCUUCAUCACGCGGAGGGAGGCUGAGAGACUGCUGGAGACUAAGCCCCAGGGAUGCUACUUGGUGCGAUUCAGCGAGAGUGCAGUGACCUUCGUGCUGACUUACAAGAGCCGGACUUGCUGCCGCCACUUCCUGCUGGCCCAGCUGGGCGACGGGCGUCACGUGGUGCUGGGUGAGGACAGUGCCCACAAGCGCCUGCAGGAUCUGCUGCUGCACUACACCACCUGCCCGCUCAGCCCCUACAGGGAGACGCUCACCCAGCCUCUCGCCCGCCAGACUCUGGAGCCCACUGGACUUUCUUUAAGGACUGAACCUGACUCCAGAAGCAAAAGUCAGGACGCAGAGCCCCCAUAUAGUCCAAUCCUCAAAAAGGAGCAGCCCGCAGCACCCACGCAGAAACAGGGAGCAGAUGAGCCUAAGGAGCCACCCAGGCCCAAGCCUCCCAUCCCCACCAAGCCUCAGGUACCCCCGGAAGUCUACACCAGCCACGCUAAGAGACCCCACCGGGCUCCGCGCUGCAAGCCCUCCAACCCCAUCUACCACGAGCCUGAAGACCCUAUCGACUUCUAUGCCAUGGGCCGGGGGAGCCCGGGAGAAGCCCCUGGCAACAUUUAUUCUGAGGUGGAGAUAGGGACACCUUCCAGGGGUGAAGACCAGACGACAGUCCACCAGCAUCCAGCCCUACGGAAGUGCCGGUCCAGGCCUGUCUCUGGAGGCCAGAAUCCAGGUGUCCAGCAACUGUGCUCUGAAAACUCUGUGGCUAGACCGGGGCCUCCACUGCCCCAUCAGCGCCAGCCCCGCUGGGGAUACACUCUACCCCAAAAUCUUUCGAAAUAGGUGCUUCAGGAGCCUCCUGAGCCUCUGUGCCUGGGCCCUGAUCCAAUGCUGCUGUUGUCUGAGGAAUGGUUUGGCAAGAACAGAUGUUAG